AUGGCCAUUUAUCGACAUUUCGCAACUCCCAAUGUGGCAUCCAAGAUCAAAAGCCUGAUUCUUGCCAAUACUGCGUUACGUCUUUGCCCCUCCACGACAGAAAAGGCGAGGUUUCGAGCGGUGAGAGAUGUGGAAGAAACCUCGUUGGAGGAGAAGCCCAGGCCUGGAUGGGGUGUGGCACAUACUACCUCAGGCCGUGCAGCUAAGGACGGCUUUCAGUGGGAUAAACGGGACGGUCAGGCCGCAUAA